AUGAGUUCGACACGCCCAACAUCAAAUAAUCACUCAGUUCAAGCGAGCAUUCUGUCUUCUUUUCUCUGCAACAUGAAGCCCGACAAGAAGAAGCAAAAAGCAAAGCAACCAACGCCAGGUCCCCAAACAGCUCCUCACUUGGUUCCGUUGAAAAAAGUUGUUGCCGUGGAAGAUUAUGAAGCAAAGAAAGAUGACGAGUUGACGAUCAAGCAAGGCGAAGUGGUUCAUUUGAUCGAAGAAGAACAUGACGGCUGGGCAGUUGGAAUUGUUGACGAUCGACUUGGGCGUUUUCCUACUUCAGUUAUUGAGAAAAAACUAGUCGCAUCUGAGCUUUACCUAUAUGGACUCCUCACCUUCCAUAAACUCGUCUCAUCAACCUUGAUCACCAACGACCGUGUCUACAUCAUCAUGCGAGUUGCAAUUGCCAUUUGGUCACUUACUUUGACAACCGCCGGCUGGGAGGGAAACAGAUCUGCUUUCUUUGGAGCUUAUUUCCCUAUGGCGCCUGCAACAAACUUCAACGAAGAGAAGGAAUAUUUACUCAAUAAGGCGGUUGCCAAUAUGCAAUCUUCUCUGGACCAGCUUUCGGAGAGAAUUGACCGCUACCCUCUCAAUUUGGACACAGGCAACGAUCAAGAUUGGAACUUUUAUCCGGACACUUAUAUUUCGGGCUGCACAAAAAAUAAAUGCAAAAGUAUCAAAACUCUCGAAGAAGCCAAAAAGCAAUGCAUAAAAUCGGAGGACUGUUUUGGAAUAACACGCGAAAACGGAGAAUUUCAGCUUCGCGCCGGCGAUUCUUACUCGAGCUCAAACGGAGAACAUUCCUGGAUGCUGAAAUUGGAGAAAUGCAACGAUGAGCUUGAGGGGGAACAUCUGAUCAAUAUUGCUCAAAUGGAGAAUUUAUAUGAAGAUUUGAAAGAUCAACGGUUUCGGCGGCCAAAUGGAAGAUGCCUUUACCGGGCUGAAUUUACGCAUAUCAACAAACUGCUUGAAUUCAACCCAAAGCUCGACUUUUCUACCGUCCAUUCUCCCUCAGCGUGCGAUUUUAACAACUCGACCGAAUCCAUUCUUUUUGGGAUAAAAUCCAUGCCCGAAUCCGUCAACUUUCGAAAUUCCAUUCGAAAAACAUGGGUAAACCACGAUCUCUGGAGCAAGCUCGGAUUCCAAAUCAAAGUCGUCUUCAUCAUCGGCCAGAAAGAAAAUGUUAAUUUGAAAGAAGAAAUGACGAAAAAUGGUGAUUUGUUGGUGCUGGAUUUUGAAGAAAGUCAUUACAAUUUGCCCUACAAGGACAUGGCAUUUUUGAGUUUUAUCAAAGAAAAAUGCUCUUCCGCGGAUUUUGUCUUCAAAGGUGAUGACGAUAUCUUAUUGGUCCCUCAAAAUCUCAUCAACGAAAUCUCCAAAAUCAAAUACUCACCAUCGAUCGAAGCCAUUGGCUGCAAAAAAGGUCCCGAGCUUGUCAUCAGAGAACCGACCUCAAAGUAUUUUAUCCCGAAUCAAAUCUACCCGAAGCCAAAGUGGCCUCUUUAUUUUUCCGGCGCUGGAUAUCUGACAACUGGCGAGUUUUCGAUGAACCUGGCGAAAGUGGCGACGGAGGUGCAGGUAGUGCCGCUGGAUGACGUUUGGAUCGGGACGCUGAUAGAAAAAAUGGGCAAAAGUGAAAACAUGGCUCGAUCGGAGACCAUCUGCGCUGGCGUCAUGAACGGUUUCUCCAUCCACGACACCUGUACUGUCCGAGGCCUGACCAUCGUCCACAAGGUUUGGGACAGCGAAAUCAUGCCGGCUGCUUUUGCUAACGUCGUCUCAAAAGAUUUCAAUUGUGAUGAGGAGAGGUAA